CUUUCAUUCAUUUCCGGAAGAAUGUUUUAAAGCCCGUGCUUGUGUCCAGUCCUUUCCUCUUAUACCUCAACUCAGCAAUGGCUACUGGAACUUUAUAUACAUAUCCAGACAAUUUUAGGGCUUUCAAAAUUUUGACUGCCGCACAAUAUAGUGGUGCUAAGGUCACUGUUGCGCCCAAUUUUAAAUUGGGAGAGACGAACAAGACUAACGGCUUUCUUAAAAAGUUUCCUCUAGGAAAGGUGCCAGCUUUUGAAGGAUCCGAUGGCACGUGUAUUUUUGAAAGCAAUGCCAUUGCAUACUAUGUGGCUAAUGCUCAGUUGAGGGGUGAAAAUGACAAAGAUGCAGCAUUCAUUCAGCAGUUUAUUAACUUUGCUGACAAUGAAAUCUUACCACCAGCUGCAACUUGGGUUUUCCCAACCUAUGGAAUAAUGCAGUACAAUAAACAGUCAACAGAUAAGGCUAUUGAAGACAUCAAGAAAUGCUUCACUUACCUGAAUGAUCAUCUCCUAACAAGAACAUAUCUUGUUGGAGAACGGAUUUCUUUGGCCGACAUCACAGUAGCUUGUAACUUGCUUAUGCUGUAUAAACAGGUAUUGGAACCAUCAUUCAGAGCUCCUUAUGGUAAUGUAAACAGAUGGUUUACAACUGUUAUUAAUCAGCCACAAUUUAAAAAUGUUGUUGGUACCAUUGAACUCUGUGAAAAGAUGGCAAAGUUUGAUGCUGCAAAAUUUGCUCAGUUGAACCCAAAGAAGCAAAAAGAAAGCAAAGCAAAAGAGAAUAAACCAGCAAAAGAACAGAAAAAGAAAGAAACGCCAAAGAAAGAGAAGAAGGAGAAGAAAAAGAAGGAAGAAUCAGAAGAGGAUGAUGAUGUUCCUAAAGAACCAAAAAAGAAUCCUCUUGCAGAUCUUCCUCAAACGACAUUUGAUUUCGAUGUUUUUAAAAGGGAGUAUUCUAAUAAAGACACCAUCACUGAAGCUAUUCCAUACUUUUGGAAACAUUUUGACAAAGAAAACUGUUCAAUUUGGUUCUGUGAAUACAAGUACCCAGAUGAGCUGAAAAGAGUUUUUAUGACUUGCAAUCUUGUUGGUGGAAUGUUGCAAAGAAUUGAUGGUUUGCGUAAAGUUGGAUUUGGAUCUAUGAUUAUAUUUGGAGAAGAUAAUGCAAAUACUAUUUCUGGAGUGUGGGUGUUCAAAGGGAAAAAACUUGGUUUUGAGUUAUCCGAGGAUUUUCAGAUUGAUUCACCAUCGUAUGAUUUCAAAGAGUUAAACCCAGACAAUGAAGAUGAUCGUAAACUAUUCAAUGCUUACUUAGCUUGGGAAGGUGAUUUCGGUGGAAAAAAGGUCACUGAUGGAAAAAUUUUCAAAUAAACUGUGCGAGAGGCUGUAGUAUGUAGACUUUAAAACAAAUAAAUGAACUAUAUUGAGAA